AUUAAAAUUUUAAUAAGAUUAAUAAUAAUAAUUUGUUUAAUUUUAAUACUAUUAACAAUUAUUUUAAAUUUAAUUUCUAAAAAAAGUUAUUAUGAUCGAGAAAAAAGAAGUCCAUUUGAAUGUGGAUUUGACCCUAAAACUUCUGCUCGUCUUCCUUUUUCACUCCAUUUUUUUUUAAUUGCAAUUAUUUUUUUAAUUUUUGAUGUUGAAAUUACUUUACUUUUACCAUUAAUUAUAACAAUAAAAAUUUCUAAUAUUUUAAAUUAUUCAUUAAUUUUAAUUAUCUUCAUUUUUAUUUUAUUAUGAGGAUUAUAUCACGAAUGAAACCAAGGAGCAUUAAAUUGAAUUAAUUAG